CUAAGUCUCAUUUCACGCCCCAUCGCGACGGGAAUUUUUGAACCCCUAUUAUCAGUCGCAGGGAGCUGCUUCUUCCUCCAACCCUAUUUAGAACGUUCACUGCCUGCUGCUGAAUUUAUUCCCCUUCACCGCAUCAGGUGCCUUCUUUUCAUCGAUAUUGCUUCAGUGCUGUCCUGGAGAUUGAUUUUGGCUGCACACAAUACAGUGCCAGUCUGUAUUCUACCCUUGCAGCCCGAUCGAUCUGGUGUUGACAACACCAUUUCACAAAACGUACCCGCAUAGAACACAAGCCAACAUGCCGUCGCUCACACUCCCAUCAUUCACACAGGCCGAGGUUGAGGCGCAUAACACGAACCGGUCUUGCUAUGUCACAGUCGGCCAAAAUGUUUACGAUGUGACAGACUUCCUCGACGCUCAUCCCGGUGGAGCCGAUCUAGUCCUUGACUAUGCUGGAAAAGACAUCGGUGCCAUUCUGAAGGACGAGGACUCCCACACCCACACCGAAGCAGCAUACGAGAUUCUCGAGGAGUCUUUGGUAGGCUUCCUCAAGCCGGACAAGAGCUUUUCCAACGGAAAGGCGAAUGGCAACGGUGCCGCCAAGGGCUCAUCUAGCGGUGUCGACACCCCCGAGCUUGUGGAUGCCCAAGGACGCCCAGUACAUCCCCGAACGGGAAUGUCUUGCGAGGAGGACCUGAACAAGGAGACGGACUACACGGGAGACUACAAGAAGCACAAGUUCCUCGAUCUCAACAAGCCGUUGCUGAUGCAAGUAUUCCUUGGAGGCUUCAGCAAGGAGUUUUACUUGGAGCAGGUCCACAGACCCAGGCAUUACAAGGGUGGCGAAUCUGCACCUCUUUUUGGAAACUUCUUGGAGCCGCUGAGCAAGACGGCUUGGUGGGUGAUCCCCAUUGUGUGGCUGCCGCCAGUCGCCUACGGAACAUAUCUCGCCAGCCAGGGCAUCGAGAGCAAGCUCAACCUUGCAGCGCUCUGGUGCUCUGGCAUCGCUCUAUGGACGAUCAUUGAGUACAUCUUGCAUCGUUUCCUGUUUCACCUUGACAAGUACCUUCCAGACAAUCGCUUUGCAAUUACCCUCCACUUCCUUCUUCAUGGCGUUCACCACUACCUCCCUAUGGACAAGCUUCGUCUUGUGAUGCCUCCAACCCUGUUCUUCGUCCUGGCGUUCCCAUUCUGGAAGCUUGCACACUUCCUCUUUUGGUACAACUGGCACGUCGGCACGGCCAUUUUCUGCGGUGGUAUCUUUGGCUAUAUCUGCUACGACCUCACCCACUACUUCUUGCACCACAAGAAUCUGCCUCUGUGGUACAAGGACUUGAAGAAAUACCACCUUGAGCACCACUUCCUCGACUACGAGAAUGGCUUUGGUGUAACCAGCCGCUUCUGGGAUAGGGUAUUUGGAACCGAGAUUGUGCCUCUUGUCAAGACCAAGUAAAGAGAAACAGGAUAUAGUCAUCGCCUCUUUUUGGUAGUUGACUGCUUGGUUACCUUUUUUUUUCUGCACCUGUAUAAUAUUAAGGGUGGAGGCGUUUCUUUUUCAAGUAUAGACUUUUCAGCUGUUAUAGCAGCUUAAUGAGAUAUCAGGAAUACACUAAUAAUGACGAAGAACAUUGGAAGAAUCUCGUCAGAUUAUUCAUCGGAUGACGGUACUGAUAUCGAUUACUGGUUGACAUGAAAUGGUGAACGAGUCUUGUACUGGUUUUGCCGCAUGGCUUUGUGGCACUCGC